AUGAUAAAGAAGAGAAAGAGUAAUCCAUAUACAGAAGUAUGUGCUUUAAGUAAACAUAUAUGUAUGUUUACUAACAAAGCACGAAGAGUAAUUGAUAAAAUUCGUGGACGUUCCUAUGAAGAAACACUUAUGGUACUAGAACUUAUGCCUUAUCGAGCAUGUUAUCCACUUUUUCAAUUGGUUUAUUCUGCAGCAGCAAAUGCUAUUCACAAUAUGGGUUUAAACGAAUCAAGUUUAAUCAUUAAGUGGAGGUACUACUGUGAAAAAAUUAAAGCCUAG